UAUAAUGCGUUUUGAUUUCAGUUGUGCUUCUGUGAUUAAUUGAAGUCGAUACGCCUUGGUAUAACUAUCCAACAUAACAUCCUGUGAACUCGACCAACCAAACCAACAGCAAAAUGAACACUAGUAAUUCAAGUAAUAUGCUUCCGAUGAAUGCUUACCCAGAAUAUAAGGCGUCUGUUUUAAUUUGGAAAAUAUUUUCUCCAAUAUUGAUAAUAAUUGGUACCAUCGGAAAUCUUUUGUCAAUUUUGGUACUGACACAAAAAAAUAUGAGAAAAUCGUCAGUUUCAAUUUAUCUGACAGUUUUGUCAAUUGUGGACAUCUUGGUUUUGUAUACAGGCUUACUAAGACAAACUAUUCAACAUCAUUUAAAUCUGGAUAUUCGGGAACUAAGCGUACCCUCGUGUAAGAUAAACACUUGGUUGGUGUAUUUUACUUUAGAUAUGUCCGUCUGGUUGUUAGUGGCUGUAACAGGAGAGAGAAUUAUAUCAGUUUGGUUUCCACACCGCGUAAGAUAUGCAUGUACCAAUGUUUCGUCUUCUAUUGUGAUUUCCAUUGUCGGCGUUAUCUUAUUAGCAGUUAAUUCCCAUUUUCUCUAUGGCAUUGGUGAUGUCAUUAAGGAGCAUGGAGAAGUUUCAAAAUGCGAAUCGUUGUGGGAAAAUUACAAUAAUUUUGUUUGGCACAUUUGGCCAUGGGUAGAUCUCUGUUUCUUCUGCUUGGUACCGUUCACGAUUCUUAUCAUUGGAAAUAUUUCUAUCAUUGUAAAAGUGUGCUCAUCAAGGAAAAACAUCCGACGAUUAAAUACAUUGCCAGGAAACACCCAACAAAACGAUGUAUACCGGAAGCAAACGUCGUCAAUGACUUUGAUGCUUUUGUGUUUAAAUAUGGUGUUUUUGACAUGUACGUCACCAAUAAGCGUGUAUCUCAUCGGCGAACCUUAUUGGACAGCAGAUUUAAGCGCACGUGGUGAAGCGCAACAUGCAUUAAUAUGGGCGAUUGUAAACAUAUUAAUGUACACAAAUAAUUCUAUUAACUUUCUGCUGUAUUGUAUUAGUGGAACAAGAUUUAGAGAGGAACUAAAGAACAUUUUCAAAAAGAAAAAUCGGAUACGUCCCCAGGUAUCUUUAACAAACGUCAAUGGUGCCCGGCAAGUUGUAGCGGCGAAUAUGGAUGAAAAUAAUACAAUUCAAAAAUCGCAGGACAAGAACGUUACCGAUCAUUUAACAGUUCCAACUGCAAAAACGUUACACGUGCCUAUCACAAUUCCGAAAACUUUGACCGUUAAUUUUGAAUCCGGAAGUAAUCCAACUGAUACUUCCGGUGAGAGACAGAACAACGCCGCUGGAAAUAGUUGUGUUCAAUAAAUUAAAUUGAUUUUGUGAUUUCCAACAGCGAAGUCAUUCGUCAUUGUAUCAAUAAACCGUGGUUUAAUACUCGUAAUCGUUUAAAUGGCGAAUG